AUGCACUGUCCGCCGACCAAAGACAAAGAGGUGGUUCUCAUACAGUGGUUCAAGGAAGACAACAAAGGCCCCAUAUAUGAGUACCAGGUACUGCUUCACGAAAACUGGGCGCAUUUAGAGAACACUCACCGCAAGGCCGCUCAUCAGCAUCGUCCACGCCCCGACUGGCAGGGCAGGGCGUUCUUCCGCGGUGGACACGAAGACAGUCCGGCACUGACCAUGACGAAGCUGAAGCCGCGAGACCAAGGGACUUAUGUUUGCAAGGCGACCUUUAAGGAUGGUGCUUCCCGGACUUUAUCCACUGCCUUGCUUGUCGUAGGUUCCACUAACCAGCCGACCAUAUUUGACGAGAAGGGAGACGAAGUUCAAGGCAUAGCAGGACCUUACAUGGAGGGUGAUUCCUUGAUGCUGACCUGCAAAGCCAACAGCGAUUUCCGGCUAACGUGGUAUUGGAACUCGGCUCCCGCACUCGGCAAGGGUCAUUCGCAGGUCAAAGGCAUGUCUACGCAGUCGAAGCUCACGAGGCAUAACUUGGCACGGAGGGACCGCGACACCCCUAUCACGUGCGUCGCUACCAACGCUUUGGGAGCCACACUGAACACCACCGUGAAGCUCGAGAUCUGGACACCUGCAUCAUCAGUGCACAUCCGGGCUCGGCCAUUCAAAGAUGGUAUACCCGCCAGCGUAGAGUGCGAGGUGCUGGGUUCGAGACCCGCUCCCCUCGUCACGUGGUACGUUGGCGGCGAAGGUCCUCAGGACGCCACGUUCACCCACGUACAGGAGGAUGCCGAUGUUGCCACCAGCGUGCUGACGUUGACGGUGUCCGCCAAGGACAGAGGCAAAACGAUCACGUGCGUCGUCGCUCAUCCAGUCACCGAAGACCGGCUGAACGCCAGCUUCGUCGUCGACGUUCACUACAAACCCUCGCUCCGACUGACAGUCAACGCCACGAAGAUCGUUUCCGGAGAGGACCUUUUUAUGGAAUGCGAAGUUGAUGCCAAUCCCCCAGCAGUCGAAGUGAGCUGGCAUCUCAAUGGCCAUGUCUUCAGCAUCAGCCGAGCGCCUAGUGUCCCGACUGUUUCGGUUCCGUUCACUAGGGCGCAGCUCGAUCGUUCCGACUCGGGAAGCUACCAAUGCCGCGCUUGGAACAGCUGUGGUGUGGCAGUGAGCAACUUCGUCACCGUCACUGUUACUGGAGCCGAUGGCCUGUCGACGCUACUGACAGCUGAUUUCCAAGUUAUCGCACUAUCUGCUCUCGCAUCGUUAACAUCGCAAGUCCAGAAUUUCUGA